AUGAGUUUUCGGGCAACGCCAGCGUUUUCCAGUGGAAUCAAGAAGCCAAAAAAGCCAGCUGCAUUCAAGCGCAGCUCAUCAGGUUCAAAUCCGUAUUCUGCCCUUGCGCGGCGUAAACCAAUCUCGCGAUCGUCAACCAAGCCAGAGGAGCCUGAUGAGGAUUUCUUCGGUGAACGUCUGGAUGACUUGGGUCUUGUAAGAGCCCUGGCGGAGGAUCUUACCUUAAGGGAUGUUCCACAAGCUAUGUUGUUUGUGCAGAGGAGGAUGUGGAGUGUGCUGCCAGAACAGAGAACGGGAAUGAAUUCUACAAGAAUAGCAGAAGUCUUGAACUUCCGAACGAACCUACCGCCCGUCGUCACAGUCUCGCAUGUGCAAGCGCUAUUGAACUCCCCUACCGUCGUGGAAAGAGAGAUAGCAGAUCUUGUAAGAAGAGGUGCUGUAAGGAAGAUCGUGGUUGGAGGACGCGGACAUCUGGGGGAGAUUUUGAUACUUGUGAGAGAAAUGCAGGCCAUAAUUGAGCGGAGCAUGAUUGACACUGAGCUCAAGAGGAAAUUCGUGGCACUGUUAGGAGAACAUCCGACAGCCUUGAAGAUUUCGAGCUCACGCCUUGCACCUGGAGAGAUUCAACAGCUGAUGCAGGCAGGCUUCCUCACGUCUGCUACUCCAAGCUGGACGACUUCAGAUGCUUUUUCGAAGCCAGGAGAAGGAUCAAGAGGCACGAUGACUUCUCUCAAUAGUAUAUCGAAAGCUGCCUCUGGGUCUCUUGCAGCUGUAGGGGGGGAGGGUGCUGUUCACGCGGCAGGAGGUAGCGGAGGGGGUGCGAAAACGCUCUCUACACAAGCAGAAUACUCCCUGUCGCUUCCCACAACAGGACCUUUCCUCAAACUACUGGCAAAUGCGAGAGCACAUUUCAUGUCUCUACUCUCAAAAUCGAAGUAUCGAGAAGCUCCCGAGUCAUUGCUCCUUCAGCGAUGGGAUGGUGGGGUCGCAGCAGACGACGAGGCAAGUGCAGCUAGAAGGAGUCGUGGUGAGUUUGCUGGCAUCUUACCGGGGAAAACAAGGAAGUGGAAGCUUUUCUACGGUGUCUCUUUCGACUGGAUUUUGGCCGAGUGUGUCGGAGCCGGACUCGUUGAAGUUUUCAAUACCGGCAGUGUCGGAAGAGGUAUUCGGGCUUUAUGA